AAACAAACAAAUUGAUGAUUUUUGGGGAUUUCCUUGAACUCGAGCAAUCGAUUCUCUUCCGUGAUGAUGUUGAGGAAAUCUACGCUAUAAAUAUACACAAACCAAUAAAACCAUUCAAUUCUUCGAAAAUCUGCUCAAUCAUCAAUACCAUGAUGAUGUUGCAAUAAAUCACGUACAAUUUGUUCUACUUAAGAAACUGAUGCAACAUCUUUUCGUGUUUCGUUCGUGCGAAAGUUCGCGUUUGUUCAAAACCACACUACAAAUUAUCAUUGGCCAUUUAAUUAUGCAUUUAAAUAUUUUAAGCAUUUCCAGCGAAAAUUGCCGGAAUAAGACGGUUAUCAAAUGUAUGUCAAAUUUAAUUCAUGUGUAUGAACAGAAAAAAAAAAUAAUUAUCUCUUUAAAAAAACAAAAUCGAAAACUCGUCUCACACGAAAUGGGUUCAAUACCAGAAGUAUCAAUCAUAAAAGGUUUAAAUCGAGAUAACAGUACACAUCGAUUGCAUCGUAUUUUCGAGGCAAACUUGAAUUCACCGGAUUGUGGAAAUAAACCAGCUGUCAUUUUCAGCAAUCGUUGCGAUGAGGAUUGUCAACUUACCUACAAUCAGCUCAAUCAGUACGCAAAUCAACUAGCCUCCGUGCUAAUUCAUCGAAUCAGCACGAGCGAAUUGGAACCGAAUUCCGAUGGUGAUUGGAUCAUUGCCGUGUGUAUGCCUCCAAGCGAUGAACUGAUCAUUACUUUGUUGGCCAUUUUGAAGACGGGCGCUGCUUACCUACCCAUCGAUGUAACGUUUCCAAAAACUCGCAUCGAUCAUAUUCUGCACGAAGCGAAACCGGCUCUCGUCAUUUACGAUAACAAUGCAGUUGAUCGCAGUUUAUUUGAUAAUGCAGCAGCUUUUUCGUACUAUGAAUGCAAAGCCUUGGCAAUGAACUAUGAUGAUGCAAAUAUAUCCGAUGCGCGUAAACUGCAAUCGGCCGGCGGUGGACACUUGGCUUUGGUGCUUUACACAUCUGGUAGUACUGGUGUUCCUAAAGGUGUUCGAUUGCCGCACGCCGUACUCAUGAAUCGAUUGCAAUGGCAAUGGGAAACGUUUCCAUACUCAUCAACCGAAUCGAUUGGUAUAUUCAAAACAGCAUUGACUUUCGUUGAUUCAAUAUCGGAAAUUUGGGGCCCAUUGUUGACCAAGAGAGCCAUAUUGGUCGUUUCGAAGAGUGCCACGAAAUACAGUCGCUUGUACCGAACUGGAGACUAUGCAUCGGUACAAAAGGGUGGAGUUAUUCAUUAUGAGGGCCGUACUGAUUCACAGAUUAAAAUCAGAGGACACCGCGUCGACUUGAGCGAGAUUGAAAAAAAUCUCAACGAAAUUGAUGGCUUAAAGAAAGGCAUUGUUCUAUGCUAUCAUGCUGGUCAAAUGGACCAAGCCAUUUUGGCCUUUGCAUCCGUUGAUCGCUCGUCACAUUUGGACGAAUGGCAUAUCGAAAAAACGCUUCGCAACAAACUCCCCGAAUAUAUGACGCCUCAGAUCAUUAUCAUUGAUCAAAUGCCGUUGUUGGUCAAUGGCAAAGUUGAUCGUCAAACAUUACUAAAACACUACGAAAACACCAACAACUACAUUGGGUUUUCGUUAUACUAUGAUUACACUGGAGUUGCAACGAAUGAGAUGGAAAAGGCAAGAAUUUUUUUUCCAAACUAUCGGUUAAGUCAUGGCCGAUCAGCUCGUACAAUCAUUUCGCUGCAGAGUAACUUUUAUGAACUGGGUGGAAAUUCGUUGAAUUCGAUCUAUACCGUCGCCAAGCUUCGUGAUCGUGGCUAUUCCAUUGAAAUCACCAAUUUCAUAUCAGCAAAGAACCUGAGAGAAGCAUUGGAUCACACAAACGAAAUCAAUAAAAUUCGUGGUAACAAUCCAGUACCCAUUGAAACAGAUUUUGCAGCCCACCCACUAUCAGAGGAGCACAGAAAAGAAACUAUUCGCAUAAUCGCCAAUGGCUUUUUGGAAAAAGGUGAAUUAGAACAGCAUUUCAAGCCAGAGCUUACCGAAAAGCACUAUGUGGCACUGAUAAAUGAAGCACGGGAUACGCAGGUGCAAACAGGAUUCAGUUUUUUGAUCACCGAUAAAUCCAACCGUGUUGUCGGUGUUUCCUUGAACUUAGACAAAAACGAAAACACCAAUAAACCGCCCUGCAAUCGCGAUGGUCCAUAUGGUGUCAUAUUGGAAUUUUUGGAAACGAUCGAAACGCCAGUCAAAGAUCGUCUGCCGAGAGAUAAGCCGAUAAUGACGUCAGUUUUGAUGGGAACGCAUGAAAGUUUAAAUGCACAAGACAAUGUGGCGGCAAUGACCUUCAUGGAUUCGGAGGUGAUUCGUGUGACCGGAAAAGCUUGUUGUGGCAUUUCGACCACCAACACAAACGCCUUGACACAGCAACUGGCUCGCGAUGUUUUCGGCUAUGAAACCAUGUCCGAUAUUCAAAUCAAUAAAUUCAUGAUCGAUGGUAGAAAACCAUUUGGUAAUGCAUCAGAUGAUAGUAAAACGAUAGUUCAGUGGAAAAAAUUAUAA